CCCACCUCUCUUCCUCCCUCCCUCUCCUCUUUUCAAGCACCCCCUCCCUUCCCCUUUCUUCUCCAUCUCAAAAUUUUUCCCAUUUUUACCAUUUUCCCCCCUUCCAACCUUAAAUCUUCUCCUGCUUAUCUCCACUUCCACCGGUGGCGUUGCCAACGGCGGGUCUACGCCGGUUGCCAACGGCGGGUCUACGCCGCGCGGUUGCCGACGGCAGGCCUACGUUGGUUGCUAUUUCGGAUGCAAUCUCAAGGGAAGACAACGACGAAGGCAAACCAAGAAGAUUUGAAUAACUUGAGCGGCAAAUCUUCUUUUCUUGAUUUUGUUUUCUUCAUUUUUGAUGCAUUUUCGAAAUAUAAAGGGUUGUCUGUCAGACAGACAACUUGUAAGUGCAGUGUCUAUAAGAGUCAUGAAAUUAUCUGUCAUUUGAAAAAUAAAUGUCUGUAAUUCAUAUUUAAUUGUUU